AUGGAGACCAUUUCACCAACAAUAACACUUGACCACAUUGAUAUGUCUUCCCCACACUCACAAUUUCUCCGCCUGGGAGACCUCGACACGGCACAGUCAACGAGUCCGGAACCCUCCGCUUUUGACGAAGGUGGCUCAACAUCACAAUCCUCGCCUCCGCCUGUCAUUGUUCAAUCUCGUCAAGCAAAGAAGCGGAAGUCAUGGGGUCAAGAGCUGCCAGAGCCAAAGACGGCUUUGCCGCCGCGCAAGCGGGCCAAGACGGAUGAUGAGAAGGAGCAGCGCCGCAUCGAACGCAUCAAGCGGAACCGCGCGGCUGCGCACAACUCUCGCGAGCGCAAGCGUGCAGAGACCGAAGGUCUUGCCGUCGCACUCGCACGCGUCACCGCCGAGCUCGAUGCCUACAGAAAGCUCCAUGGACCACUUCCGAGCAACAUUGUCCUGCCCGAGAUACACGUGCAGAGCGACAGCCCCGAGGCCGAUACGCCAGCACCCUCGCUCACACACGACGCCAUGUCUCCGCCCUCACCGGCCGACAGCAUAUUCCAAUACGACUCCAUCAAACAAGAACCACAGGACCACUCCUUCCCUAUCACAUCUCUGCCACCCGCCUUCGACAACCUCGAUUCAAAGUCAUCUCUGCUCUCGCCGCUCGACCCGACACAACAUUCUGCAGCAAUGUUGUGCGACCUGCAGUGUCGGUCCCGCCGCUUGAGCAGCAGCACGACUUUGAAUCACCUUGCGUGGUGGACCAGCCAUUUGGCGAAUUUUCAAUGGCAGAUUUGCUGCCAGGCUAUCAUGUUGACCAUAUGGACACUUUCGCCUUUUCGAAUGGCGCGCAUGAUGGAAGCCUCACAGCUCCGCUUCCCUUCUCGUUCGAGGACCUCAUCAAUGACUCCGCUUCCCUUGCGGUCGACGCCCAGGCGUCUGGCGCUGUGUAAUACGGCGACGGGCCUGCGCGCRCCACAGGAUGGCGCUCGCGCGCUUGAGCGACGGUCAUUUGAUGCAAGUUCGAGGGCAGGGGUGAAGCGAGUGACGCAGCAGUCACAUGCAAACAGGAUCAAUUUGGCGUUAAGGAAACAGGUCACUGAGGAUCAAACCAUGGACGACGGGGAUGCAAAGCAAGGCGUUCAGGAGUUCACUUGA